AUCAGUUCUCCAUACAACAAAAUAUUUUAAACAAUUUGAGAAUGGCUUCCAAGGCAUUAGUUUUGCUGGGUCUCUUUGCACUUCUAUUCGUUGUCUCAGAAGUUGCCGCGACAUCCGAAGGGCAGUCAGUGAAGUCAGAGAGUGAGGAUACCUUACAACCUGAUCAUGACCAAUAUGGUGGUGGCCACGGUGGUUAUGGAGGUAACAACGGAGGGGGAGGUUAUAACGGAGGGGGAGGUUACAACGGAGGAGGAGGUUACAACGGAGGACGAAACCACGGAGGAGGAGGAUACAACGGAGGCGGAGGAUACAAUGGAGGAGGACACCGUGGAGGAGGAUACAACGGAGGAGGCCGUGGAGGAGGUUGCCACCACGGCUGCUGCUACAGAGGUUACCGUAGCUGCUCAAGGUGUUGCUCAUAUGCCGGAGAAGCUGUUCAGACACAACCCGGCCACUAAAAGUCGAUAGUAUUCAACACCACCAUAUAUGCAAUUAUGUGUCUUUAUGAGUAUAUAUACGUAAACCAUGGUGGUUUGUUUGUAAUGAUAUAAGUCCGUAAAAUUUAGCGAAGGCCAAAUAACGAGAAUAAAGUUUGAUAUGUAAAGUCUUUGCGUUUGAGUUGUUAUCUUCGUGGCUGUCAUAAUAAAAUCGUUUGUUGUUUAUGAUUGGAUGAAUAUAGGAGAAUAUUGUUCAUAUUGUUGCACAUGAUGCAUAAUCUCAAGAAUCUC